CGCCAUUCCCCUGCCCAAAAUGGCCGACUCGAAGGGCUCCUCGAGCGAAGACGCUGAUCUGCUGGAAUGGGUGAAGAUAAACGACGCCUUUCGGGCCGAAGAAGGCAAUUCACCCACGCUGGUGAGGGACAGAAUGAAGAACAAGAUUGUCUCCAACCCGUUUGUUCCCAUCGGCAUGUUGGCCACGGUCGGCGCUCUCGGCAUGGGCCUGAACGCAAUGCGGACUGGCGAGCGUCGAAAGUCCCAGCUCAUGAUGAGGGCACGGGUCAUCUGCCAGGGACUGACCAUCGUCGCUAUUCUGGUGGGCAUUGCGGUUGGAGCGGGAGCGGCGACCGGCAAGAAAACCCAGUGACGUUGGGCUCGAACGGCCGACCGCGGAACAUGCAAAGACGGCGGUUUUAGAAGAACCUGCACACUGAAGAAUUAGUGCCCAGCGACCUUGUUUGCUCGGUGACUGCGUUCAUUUUUCGGAGAUGUUUGAUCUCUAUAACGAUUCGUCAUGUAUCGACUGGCUAAACGUCUUUUGAGGCGGUUCACCGCAUGUUUAGGCCCAUCGUGUUUCAACGGUGCUACAUGCCGGAGAUCUAAAGCGCUGGAUGGUGUAGCACCUGUAGCGACGACACAGCAUUCAAUCAUUUAACAAGUAGACGCGCUGUAACGGUAAUCUGUCAAAAGAAAGGUAUCUUUAAGAGCUAUUUUAGUUGCUUGUUUGAAUUUCGCUUCACAAUUUGGGGCUGUACAAUUGUUUUAUUUGAACUGUGUAGAUUUGUUCAGUUCUGCCCCAGCUGUAAAAUAUGUAUGUAGAACGGAUAUCCACUAUUACAUUUUUUUUUUCAGGAAUCGUUUUGUAUGAAAGUGAAUUGCAUGUUACAAAGUGAGAGUGCAGCAUGAAAAUAAUAAACCCCAAUGUUCUAUUGACUUGUA